UCAUCGAAUCAACACUGCAAGAUUAAACGAAAAAGGAGAUCGAGAUAUAUACACUCGAAACAUGGCGUCCACAGCUGCUAUACUAGCCCUCAUCCUCCUCCUCCUCCCGCCAAUAGCUCUCGCCGCCGGCGACCUAAAUGGCUUCCGCGCGACCCUUACUCGCAUCCACCAGCUCUCGCCGGGGAAACAUUCCGAAGCGGUGCGCCGCGACGGCCACCGCCUCGCAUUCCUCUCCUACGCCGCCACCGCCGCAGCCGGCAAGGCUACCACCACCGGCACCAACUCGUCGUCGGUGAACGUCCAGGCGCAGCUCGAGAACGGCGCGGGAGCGUACAACAUGAACAUCUCCCUCGGCACGCCGCCGCUCGACUUCCCGGUCAUCGUCGACACCGGCAGCAACCUCAUCUGGGCGCAGUGCGCUCCGUGCACCAGAUGCUUCCCUCGACCCACGCCGGCGCCGGUUCUGCAGCCGGCGAGGUCGUCCACCUUCUCCAGGCUCCCGUGCAACGGCUCCUUCUGCCAGUACCUGCCGACCUCCUCCCGGCCGCGGACGUGCAACGCCACGGCCGCCUGCGCCUACAACUACACCUACGGCAGCGGCUACACCGCCGGCUACCUCGCCACCGAGACGCUCACAGUUGGGGACGGCACGUUCCCCAAGGUCGCGUUCGGGUGCAGCACGGAGAACGGCGUGGACAACUCGUCGGGCAUCGUCGGCCUCGGCCGCGGCCCGCUGUCCCUCGUGUCGCAGCUCGCCGUCGGCCGCUUCUCGUACUGCCUCCGCUCCGACAUGGCCGACGGCGGCGCGAGCCCGAUACUGUUCGGCUCCCUUGCCAAGCUGACCGAAGGGAGCGUCGUCCAGUCCACGCCGCUCCUCAAGAACCCUUACCUGCAACGCUCCACGCACUACUACGUCAACCUCACCGGCAUCGCCGUCGACUCGACGGAGCUCCCGGUGACGGGCAGCACGUUCGGGUUCACGCAGACCGGCCUCGGCGGCGGCACGAUCGUGGACUCCGGCACGACGCUCACCUACCUCGCCAAGGACGGCUACGCGAUGGUGAAGCAGGCCUUCCAGUCGCAGAUGGCUAACCUCAACCAGACGACGCCGGCGAGCGGCGCGCCCUACGACCUGGACCUGUGCUACAAGCCCAGCGCCGGCGGCGGCGGCAAGGCCGUGCGCGUGCCGAGGCUGGCGCUGCGGUUCGCCGGAGGAGCUAAGUACAACGUGCCGGUGCAGAACUACUUCGCCGGAGUUGAGGCGGACUCGCAGGGCCGCGUGACCGUGGCGUGCCUCCUGGUGCUCCCGGCGACGGACGACCUGCCGAUCUCCAUCAUAGGCAACCUGAUGCAGAUGGACAUGCACCUGCUCUACGAUAUCGACGGUGGGAUGUUCUCCUUCGCGCCCGCGGAUUGCGCCAAACUGUGAUAAUAAUAAGCUGCAUAUAUAAUUGCGCACGUGUGCGGAUGUGCCGUUUGAUCUUGCUGUGUGCAUCGAGGAGGACAAGGCUCUUUCUCCUGUUACAUCAUCCUCUGGAAUAUUAUUUUUCAAUAAUGAAAAUGGUUUGUAUAUUUCCGUUCA